GGCGAGGCGGUUAUUCGUCGUGUCCUGCUGGAGCUGAGCGGGAGGAAAACACCCUCGGCCGCACUGAUCUUCAGCUGCUCAGCCCAGCUCCCCGGUCUGCCUGCGCCCCCCCAGCUUGGAGCUGGAGGAGCCAGGCAAGGCAGAGAAACGCCCCCGAGCCCAGCAGCCUGGCUCCGGGGGGGGACACACCCGGCUCCCGCUUUUCCUGUCCCUGCUGCGCCGCUUUGGGGGCGCCCCGCCCCGGGCGUGACUCCCCAGCUGGAGUCGGUCUGGGGGCAGGUUGCUCCACCCCCGCCCCUCGCAGCCGGUCCCCGACCCGCCCCCUGGAGCCGCUCUCGCCUGCGCCGUCUGUGCUGCGCUGCGCUGCGCUGCGGGGGGAAGCGGCUCCCAGGCGAACGCUCCCGCUUCGCCCCACGCAGGGUCGGGGCUCGCCCGCGGGACCCGCUCGGCUGCAGACCCGACGCGCUCGCCGGGGCCGGAGAAUAGCCUGAAGAGUCAGCCAUGACAGACACGAUGUUUGGCAACAGUACUGAUCGGUGGAUGUGUCCAAAUGACAGGCCGAUGUCCCUCAGAGCCAAACUCCCUGCUGGAUGGUCGGUACGUGGAAACCAGCCGGAAAGGCAACGGAAAAAUGAAGAGCUGACAGAUGAAGAGAAGGAGAUCAUCAACCGAGUAAUAGCUCGAGCAGAGAAAAUGGAAGAAAUGGAGCAGGAGCGUAUUGGGCGUCUCAUGAACCGCUUGGAAGACAUGCGCAAGAAUGUGGCUGGCGAUGGGGUCAAUCGCUGCAUCCUGUGCGGAGAACAGCUGGGAUCAGCUUGUGUCGUGUGUGAGGACUGCAAAAAGAAUGUCUGCACGAAGUGUGGCGUCGAGGCGACCAACAGCCGCCCUCAUUCCAUCUGGUUGUGCAAGAUCUGCAGCGAGCAGAGAGAGGUGUGGAAGCGUUCAGGGGCGUGGUUCUUCAAGGGCUUGCCGAAGCAAGUGCUGCCUCAGCCAAUGCCCGUCAGCAAGAACAAGCCGCCGCAAGCCCCCGGCGAACCUGCCUCCUCGGAGCCACCUGCUCAGGACCCGAAACUUCACUCCCGCACACCGAGCCGAGGCCAAGCUGAGGCUGGGGCCCCUGCCGAACAGGACUCUUACGGUGGCCCUGAGGAGAAGAGGGGAGUGGGCAGGAAACCAGUCAAAUCCCGUGACCCCAGCCACGAUUCUGAACGUGGCUAUAGUUCUGAAGAAGAGAAUCCUGCUGCCUACAGGGGAAGGAAGGGGACGAGACAGAGGCCAGAAGCAGGCAGUGAACCAACGGCUGCUGCUUCUGGCCGGGGAAGCUACCCACCUCCUAGCCGCAAACCGUCUGAGGUCAGAAUGGCUCCAAGUGGCAGCGAGUUUGCUGGCAGGGUUGCUGAGAACUGGGAGUACGCAGCGGAAAGUGAAGUCAACCGGAGCCCUGGAAGUGUAAAACGUGCCAAUUCCGUUCAAGCCUCCAGGCCUCCUCCAGUGACUAGUCAGAGCUCUGCUGCCCAGGCUAGUCAGCCAGCUCCUCCAGUGGGUGGCAGACAAGAGCCCGGGCCCGCUGGGAGAUAUCCAGAAAGACAAGUGAGCCAGUCGAUGGGCCCUCCCCAGACAGACCCGGCCUAUUCAGCAGCAGCACCCAGGGAUGAGAGAGGAGGUGGCGGUGCUUACUCGAUGCCUGCAGCCAGAGAGGAGAGGGCUAUGCGCCAGCCUGCCCCAUAUACGCAAGCCGCCGCUCCGCCUGCGCCACCUGCACGUCAACUCCCGCCGCCUCAGGAUGACGAAGAGGAUGAGGCCAACAGCUACGAUUCUGAUGAAGCAACCACACUGGGGGCGCUGGAGUUCAGUCUGCUCUACGACCAGGAGAAGAGCUCUUUGCACUGCACUCUCAUCAAAGCCAAAGGCUUAAAACCAAUGGACUCCAAUGGUUUAGCUGAUCCUUAUGUAAAGUUGCACCUAUUGCCAGGAGCCAGUAAGUCAAACAAAUUGAGGACCAAGACUCUGCGCAACACUCGCAACCCCAUGUGGAAUGAGACACUGGUGUAUCAUGGCAUUACGGAUGAAGAUAUGCAAAGGAAAACACUCAGGAUCUCGGUGUGCGAUGAAGACAAAUUUGGCCACAAUGAAUUUAUCGGUGAAACUAGAGUUUCUUUGAAGAAGCUCAAAUCCAACCAGAAAAAGAACUUCAACAUCUGCUUGGAGAGAGUAAUACCGAUGAAGCGGGCUGGAACGACCGGCUCCUCUCGCGGGAUGGCGCUGUAUGAAGAGGAGGUAGACCGCGGUGGUGAUGUCGAAGAACGAGGAAAGAUCCUUGUGUCCCUCAUGUACAGCACCCAGCAGGGAGGCCUGAUUGUUGGCAUUGUCCGUUGUGUCCAUUUAGCUGCCAUGGAUGCCAAUGGAUACUCGGAUCCUUUCGUUAAACUUUGGCUGAAACCUGACAUGGGGAAAAAGGCCAAGCAUAAGACGCAGAUUAAAAGGAAGACAUUGAAUCCUGAAUUUAAUGAGGAGUUUUUCUAUGACAUAAAACACAGCGAUCUGGCCAAGAAAUCACUGGACAUAUCGGUCUGGGAUUAUGAUAUUGGCAAAUCUAACGAUUAUAUCGGCGGAUGUCAGCUGGGCAUCACCGCCAAGGGGGAGCGUUUGAAACACUGGUACGAGUGUCUGAAGAAUAAGGAUAAGAAAAUUGAACGCUGGCACACUUUACAAAACGAGAACCACGUUGCAAGCGAUUAAGGUCCCCAGCACAAGUCUCUCUGAAGUCCACGUCCUCUGCCAAGUCACAGUAGAUUUCCAAUGUCUGUCUUCCGAAGCCGAUGCUACAUGCCUUGCCUACAUCUCUUUGGAUCCCAGGAACGUUAUGCUGCCCUGUCUCCUUGACGCCAGCAUCCUCUGUUCACCAUUCUCAUCCCAAAGAGCAACCUGGAUCUCGUGUGUUCAAAUCCAUUUCUGACAGUGCAUCAUUCUGAUGUAUGAUUUUGUCAAGCAAUAGCCACACACUGAGGAUUUUCAUUUGUCUUCAUUUCUCACCAGUCUAACCUGCAUCAUAAUAUUGCUUCCUGUUCUGUUUGUUGAAGAUGUUUGUUCGUGAGGUGGUGUUUCACUUGGGUGCUCAUUGUUCUGUCCUCAUUAACCCAAGUGCGUUUAUUUUUCUCUCUGCACGUCUCUUUCCACUCCUCUCAUUUUCUCUUCGCCAACUGAAAUACUUUUAACAUCAGUUCUGUCUAUUGGGAUGCACAGUCAUUGAACCUACCCUGUUGUUGUUUUCAGCAUGUGGAGGGGGGGGAGCAGUUUGAAAGUUGGUAUCACAGCAUCGGACAGUUCAGUUCAUUUGAUAUCAAUACCUCCGUUGCAAUAAGCAAAAGGCUCUUUGUUCUGUGCUGGGUUUGGUUAUAAACAUAACUUAGUAACUGCAUUUCCACUGGUAUAAUCCGGAGAGCACUAGGUAUUUGGCUUCUUUUCCAAAGGGAACAUUUUUGCAGUGUAUAGAGCUAGCAGAUGGGGUGGUAAAUACUUUUGAGUUUUCACAGAAAGGACACUGAGUGUUAUGGCAUUUCAAUAAAUAACUGGAGAUAGAGCGCCACCUUCUGCAUGCUCAUUUUGGAAACACCAGAUCUGAGUUUUGGUUUGUUUCAGACACAAUUAAUUUUGGAACUAGGAACCUGCACAUGCUCUUACUCUAGGAAUCCUUCCUUGUCUUAGACUUGUGACCACCUCCCAUUCCACUGGAUAUGGCUACCUAAUCUAGCAAAUAGCUGUAUUUUGGGGGCUGAGUUUGUUAAGCUCUCUUGUGACAGUGUUUUCUGUUUCAUAAUAAUUUCAUAGAUGUUCAUUUUACCACCUGCAGGUGGGAAAACAUUUCCUAAGGAGUUGAUGUGUUUAAGUAUUUGUUUUCCUUUUAAAAUACAGCACUUAAUGAAAUUAUCUGGAACAGUUAGUGGUCUUCCAACUUCAAUUUUCUGGUGGGUUUCCUUUUAUUAUUGCACAAAAGAAAGAUUUGCUUCAAUCUGUGCUUAAUUUCUUGUUUGUGGGUAUUUUAUUUCAUAUCAACAAAAGGAGAGUCGACAAGCUCUUGAAUUGAUAUUGAUCUUUUUGAUACCAGUCUGAUCCAUCUGCUGUUUUGUACAACCUUCAAGCAUAGCAAUGUCAAGAUUAGUACAGUAAGUACUCCUGGAAUAUAUGGUCGCUCAGCUACAAACUUAGCAUGCUAAACAAAACCUAAAGACCUUGGUUCAGGCUCCUUGGUUCAUGACUCCUUUGCAGGCUGCUGCUCUCCUCUCUGCUACGGUGGUGGUGUUGCGUGGUGUAUUCUGAACUGAGCUGUACCUCAGUGUCCUUUAAUUUUCUAUUUUGAUGAGUUAUUUUCUUAUUCUUGGCUUUUUUCAGUGGAAUUUAAUAGUACUAGUCAUUUGCAAUGAACAUCUUUAUAAAGCUUUAACUUCACAGACAGAGGGGAAAAUCCAACCCUCUCUCCCGCAUGAAGGUUUCAAUGGGCUGUCACCGUACUGUAUUCCUGUGAUGUGCUUUUAUACAGAAGAAACUAUAGGCUAGUAAUUCUCCUACCCAGAGUCUUUCGCUUUCUUUACCCGCCGUUUCUUUUAGAGCCUUGAGACCAUGAGGGCAGUCCCUGCAAGUGAAGGAAGUGCAUUGCUCAACUGAAUAACCUCACUCCUAGCGCAUCACCAGAUCGUGGGCCCUGCGCAUGUCUCCGGAGCUGCUGUUUUAGUUUGUAGAUUGUUUCUUGUCCUCUUGUGCAGUGUGAUUCUUUCACGCUCGUAGAACAUAGAUGUAUAGCGUUACAGGGAGUGCUGGCUCCUGUGAUCAUUUAAAUGUCAAUGGGAUAAAAUCGAGAUGAGCUCUCUCUCGCGCUCUCUCUCUCUCUCUCUCCCUCUCCAAAGUGAAUAAAGCUCAAUAUUGUUUGCAUUGUUCUGAUUAAAACCAACAAAGGCUUUCUGCUCCCUCAGACACCCAUCCACACAACACUGCAGGAUGCUGUUGCUCUGGGCCAAACCACAGCAGGGGACUGCUGCACCCUCGAUUUGAUACGGGGUCACAUCCAGACCUGGUGCAUGUCCCCUCCCCUCUUUCGACAGGCAGGUGGCAAUGCUAAUGUUUAUGGUGCCUUCCUUUGGUUCCCCUUCCCCCUCUGACUGUCCCUCCUCCCCCAGCUGUGAUUUCGGAGGGCCAGUCUUUUCUCUGCCUUAGAGUGGGUGGGUCCGUGCUGCAGGCAUUUUAUGGUUCAUUCGGGUCAACCCAGAGUGUUGGAGUUGGGCCCGUGAUGUGAAGGUCACAUCCUGACCUUUCCCAAGGCUGCGGGACUCAGAGCUGGGUUUUCGGCUAAGGAACCUGCAUGUCUACUCAGCCCUUCUUCCCUUUUCAAGAUGGUGGGGCCGUCUGCCCCCUGAGGUGACUGGUGUACUGAACGGGGCAUACAGGCCAGGCCCAGCCUCUCUGAGCUGAAUCUGCCUGGAUACUUGUGUGAGGGAGGGUCCACUGAAAUGUAUAGGCACCCUGCUAACUUCCUUUCCUCAGAUUUCUCUCUGGCACUGCACCAAAGGAGACCAGGCCAUUCCCAGUGCGAAUGAAUCCUGUCCUCUUCUCAAUCAAAUCUCCUGCCACUCGCGUCCAGGGGGAGCCUUGAGGCUUAUCCGUGUCCUUUGACGUCAAUGGAAAGACUCCCAGCGACCUCACUGGGUGUCGGAUCGGCUGCCCUGUGUAUUUGGUAACUACCCUGUGGAAGUUCCUGGAUGCCACGUUCUCUGCCCGUGCUGGGCUCAGGAGAGAGACAGCAGCCUGUCAGUUCCUGGCUGCAGGGUUUCUUCCUUGAUAUAGUGCAGGGCUUCCCUUUGUCCAGUGUAAAAACACACUACUGCUCAUAAUGCAGUGGCAGAGCAGCCUUCCAGCUGUGCGCCUUUCUGGCAGAAUGGACAGCCAGGCUGCUUCAGGCAGGCAGGUUCGCUCUCCUUUUCUGCUGCGGGUAAUCACCUUGACCAGGCUCUGCAAGAUGCAGCAAAACAGAAGGGACAGCGUCUUACUCCAGAGCCUCUCCUCAACAGUCCUUACGGGCUCUUUGCUCGUUCUGGAGAGCUCGGCUUUCAGGGCUUCUUGUUGAAGCCCCAGCUCUGCUGCCUGGAAACUUGUGCCUUGAGCCAGAAACCACUCGAACCACCUGCAAAGGUUCCUUCUGGACAAGGGGCCCAGCUGCUUGUAGACACCUGCCUCAGGGGAGGGGGGGAGGGGGGAAAGCCCUCCGGAACUCGGUAAUGGAGGAACCUGACUUUCCUCUGGGGUUUGCAGUUAAACAGCUGGGCAGGUUUACUAUGACCAAAAUGUCUCAGGCCUGAACAGUGAAGGGCUGAACCCUCCUUUGGGAGCAGACAGGCUUCCACAGGAAAGUCGUUAAAGCGCACACUUGACGCCGGGGUGGCCAGUAAAAGGCAAGACCGCAGCGUAGAGAAGAUUUGCAAGGCAGCAUAGGGAAAUGCUCACAAUCUUUCCCCAGAUGGGACACCUUUUGCAGAUGCGCUUCUGAUUGUACAAUCCAAAUGUCUGGGGAAUAUGAUCACAUUUCUAUCAGCUUCUUCUGCUUGACCAAGCAAUGAUGAUUAUUCAGGGCCCUUCAGCUCUGGUUUGAAGGGAAUUUUUCUCUACAUUGGUACAUUUAUUUUCGGCAUCUUAGCUCCAAUGCCCCACACUGAGACACCCUUCUUAGCUCCAAUGCCCCACACUGAGACACCCUUCCUAAUUUAUUUCAGAGCAAUUUGGCUUGGGGCGGGGGGGUUCAGUACAAUAAUCUCUCCACCCUCUUCCUUUCCCUGGGUUAGACUCACUCUUGGGUGUGCAUCUAUAUUGCUGCUUUCUCAACUCCUUUUGAACAGGUGAGGGGGGUUCAGAAGUCAAAGCUGCUCUAAGGACAGAGGAAUCCAGGAAGGCAGCCCCCGAUCCCCCCAGUGAAGUCUGGGUUGUGAAUGGCCGUUCGUUGCAAGUAACCGGAAUUCCCGGUAACUCCAAGCUGCUGCCACUGUGAUGCAGAAUAGAAACCCUCAAGUCUGAGAGCCUCUUUCAGCCAGUGGGACCAGUUAAAAGCAGAGGGCCUGAUUCUUUGCUGUUCUGCACCCCGUGUCCUCAUUUACACUGUGCUAAGAGGGCAUAAAACACUAGUGUUUGUGUACCUGCUGCCGAGGCAUUUUGCACCAGUGUGACUGCCACGACACAGUACAAGGUAACACAGACUCAGGCCUAGGACAUGAGUCGUUGCUCUGGGACACUAAAACUGAUUUAGAAAUGGGUGAGAUCUCAGAAAUCAUCUAAAAUAGUUAACGCCAACUCUCUUAAAAGCACGUUUUGCAGAGGAGCUCUUGAGAUCAGAGUUCCUGCCACAGCCCUGAAACAUUUCUCUCCAAAUAUUAACCUAGUUCCCAUCGAGACAUAUUUAUUUUUCUCUAUAGUUGGGUGAAGAAAUUCUGCCCAGUGUUUUCUAGGCCCUGUGUCAGGAAAGCACUGAUGCACUUUCUUAAAUCCACUGUCUUCAACUUUAAGCAUAUGCUUAAAAUUAGGCACAUGCUUAGGAGCUUUCCUGAAUGAGACUGUAGUGCCCUCCCUAAAUUUGUUUGUUUAAAACCAGCUCUGAUGUUGUGUCCCCCAUUGAGAAACGUUGCAUCUCCCUGAGGCUUAAGCCCUGUUUCCAUAGCGAUACAUAAGGGCAGCUUAUCUGGCCAUUCAGAAUAGCUGAUCCUUGAAGCCAACGGCAAUUGCAUCACGCAGGGUCAUGGCCGCAGAUUCUCCAGUCCCUGUUUCUUUAUGGCCAGUCCUGGCUGCAUUGUCUCCAUUGCUAGAAUAGUCUUUUUUUAUAUUACGGCUAUCAGAGCAGUUCACCGUACUCACUUGGGGUCUCGCUAACCCAUUAUGCACAUUUAGCUUAACUUCUUUGCCAUUUGAGUUCAGUACCUCUGUGCCUCUCUGCAGUGUUGCUGCUAAGUAACCUGAAGAUGUUCUCUUUAUCCCCUGCUACCUGUAGAUCUAUGCUUUUCAGACUCUUUUUAAAUUAAGGACAUAUUUCUGUUUCAUGUCCUUGGUUCCUAGCCUCAUUACCUUGCAUUUCUCUGCACAGAAUUCCAUAAAGUGCUCACCGUUCUCUGCCGCUAGACUCCUGAAGUCAAGUGAGAUGUUAUUGCCUUUGUCCUUUCGACCGACAGCUGCUGCUUUUGGCUCUGCCUUGCUAACUUUUGUAUCACCGGCAAACGUUACCAUCUCAUUAUCCUCUGCAAGGCUGUUCUCUUAGGCCAUUGAGACGUAAAGUGAACAAAACUGAUGCAAACCCUCGCACUGAUCCUUUUAACUUCCCGUGGCCGGUGAAGGCUGCUCCUUCCUUCCAUCCCAUAUUUUUUCCACACCUGAGUGUCUUCUAUAUUUUAUAUUCAUUUAUUUCUUCACUCAAGAAACUUAGAGGGAUAUUCACAAGGGCAGUUAGGUGCCCCCUGAAAGUUUAAUGGGGGUUGUGUACUUUGAAAAUGUCCUUCCAUCCUUCCUUCGUGGAUUGCACUUCUCAGCUAUGUACAGAGUCCAAAUAAAUUAUGUCCAUAGUAGCUGAUCUACACUGAGAAUCCGAACUAAAAUUGUCAUUUCUACCUGUUCUGCUUUUCUGGUCUAUUUCUGCCUUCCCUCCCCCAUUUUCAGUACCUUUCCUAGUGGUAAAUUUGAGCAUACACGUCUAAAGUGCCCUCAGUCUUUUCUUAAAUCUAAAUGCCUUUUUUGCCAAAUCUAUCAUUCCCUCCCUAUUUUCCAGAGGCUUUAUAUAAAUUUGCCUUUUUAUGCUAAGUAUAUAAAAAGUGGUUUGCAAACAAGGCUUAAUUUUCAAACUUGGAUGCUUAUUGUGGGGCAUUAAUUUGAGUACUUACCUUGUCAUAGGCGUCCAGAUAAUCUGCAUUAGACUCUCCCAAUUCAGAACUGACCACCUUCGAUGCUGAGUGUGGAAAUUGGGCUCACAGUAUUUAUAGAUCUAACAGUGUCCUGUGCUGUAAUGUUCUAUUAUAGAAUUGAUGACAUAAUUUAGCUAAUCCUGAUGUGUUAAGGAGCAAAGUUUGGAUGGAGAUGUUAAUUCUUGGGGGACACCUCCCCCUCCAAAAAAACCUUCUAAGCAAUUCCUUUAAAAGAUAAUGGCAGUAAAGCCUUCUUUGUAUAUAUACAUAUAUACACACAGAACAAUUAAACAAAGAUUGACUUUACCUGGCAACUUCUUACCAUUACCUCUCUUAACGUUCCCGACUUGGUCUGCUUUACUUUUGAAGAAGUUAUAUUCAAGUCAUAUACUUAGUCAAACAUUUUUCCAUUGCUGAUACCACUUUCUGAGUAUUGCGUAAGUCGCGCUAAAUGUCUCCAUUUCUCAUCCGUUUGAUUUUUGUGUUGGCGAUUUGUGACCUGACCUAGUUUUUGCCUUUGUAAAUAAAGCAUGCACACAUGGCUUGGGAAUGGUGCAGGAGCCUUGUCUACUGAUGUUUGCGUUCUAACUAGCAUGCAGUGAUUUUACAGCAAAAUGUCAGUUUACCAAUAAUGAAAGAGAAAUGUAACACAGAAACUAGAAAUACUCUCCAGUCUUCCGCUGCAUGCAGGUACCAACAUCUUCUCUCUUCGUGUGAUAUCUAAUAAAGUAAGACUAUUGGAAAAAACCCA